AUGGUUUCGUCGAGUGCAGGAAGCAACAGUGCCCCAGCAUCGAGGGUUGCUACACGUUGCUGGAGCCGCGGGAGGACGAGUGUUGCCACAGGUGCAAAGUUUCCACUAAUAUUUCUUCCGCCAGCAGUGUUGUAUUUCCUUCGCGAAAUUUUUACAAAAUUUUCCAACUCGCUGGCUGCGAUCACUUAUCGGUAUUUUGCUCACCGCGAUACAAACGGGAUUACAAAAUUAACCUUCCCUCUCGAUCGGCCGAAUCGCGAAGGUUGCGUGCAAAACGGAGUGCACCAUGGAUCCGAGACCGAGUGGACCGAGGAGAACGACCCGUGCAGGAUCUUCAGCUGCAAGGCCGGAGUGAUCACCGAGUCUCGAUUGCACUGUUACACGCCGUGUUCGAACCCUAUCCCGGCCGUGGCCGGCCAGUGUUGUCCAAUGUGCGCCGGUAAGUAUGCGAGUCAUUGUCGGCAGAUCGGCAAUCGGUCGAUCGACGUUGCUUUUCCCGUGUUGUUCGCAGGCUGUCACGUGAACGGGCAGCUGGUGACGGCGGACAGGUCGGUGACCACCACCGAGGACCCCUGCGUCACUUGCAGAUGCAACGCCGCUGGUCGACUCACCUGCGCGAAACAGGCUUGCCCGGUGUUGCACUGCCCUGGCUCGAAAAUCGUCCACGACUCUGGCGAGUGUUGUCCACGUUGCAAGGGCAGCCGAAGGUACUUCUCGCCGCCGAAGGGCGCCUGCAUGCUCGGUACCGGCGUCUACAAUUCCGGGAUGCAGUUCUACCUGGACCAGUGCACGCGGUGCAGCUGCUCCAAUUCCACCGUCUCGUGCGUUCGAGAGACUUGCCCGGUGCACGAGUGCCCGGCCGAGCAUCAGAUCGCGUUGCCAGGUCGUUGCUGCCCCCAGUGCCCCGAGGUCGAGGAGGUACUGUUUUGUCCUAGGCAGGAUGGCGAAAGUUGGAAGCUUGACUCGUGCAAGGCAUGCGCCUGCAUGCAAGGCAAGGUACGGUGCGCGAUGCCCAUGUGUCCGCCGUUGAACUUGCCCUGUCCUCCAAACUCGAGACUGGAGCAUCCGGAGGGUCAGUGUUGUCCUCGUUGCGUCGAAAGCGACGGAGUGUGCACGGUGUUCGGUGACCCGCACUAUCGCACGUUCGACGGCAAGUUUUUCAGCUUCAAGGGAGCUUGCAAGUACCAGCUGGCCAGCGACUGUUCCGGGCACACGUUCAGCGUUCGAGUGACCAACGACGCCAGAUCGACGAGAUUCUCCGCUUGGACGAAAACGAUCGCGAUCAAGAUGCGAGUGAAGGUGAACGGGAAGAAGGUGGAUAUACCGUAUCGCGUGGCGAACCGGCUGGACGUGAAUCGCACGGCCGACAGCAUAGUGGUGAGCACGCAGAUCGGAAUCAAGGUCCUCUGGGACGGGAUCAGUUUCCUCGAGGUGUCGGCGCCGACUUCGUACAGGGGACGGUUGUGCGGUCUGUGCGGCAACUUCAACUCCCUGCCGAAGGACGACUUUACCAAUCGAAGGGGCAAACUGUUGCAAGAUGCUCAACCGUUUGGCCAAUCGUGGCUGGUGAACCCGACCAUGUACUACAAGGCCUGCCUGCAGGAUAUGUGCGAAUGCCCGACCGAGAACUGCUACUGCGAGUCGUUCACCGCGUACGCGCACGAGUGCAAGAGGCUGGGCAUUCAGUUGCCGCACUGGCGAAAAUCCACCAGAUGUCGAACCGGUUGGGACCAGUUCUCCGCACCUGCUGGC